AAUACAGGAAGUGCUGUUGAAAGUCAGGUUUUUGAACUCGAGCAAAGCUUUUGUCCCUGAAAUGAAAGCUUAUGAUGGACUUGUUUAGUAAGUUUAUUCCUUUACUGCUGUCUUAUACCACACUGUUAACAGAACUUCAGGGUCAGAGAGUUGAUAUUGUUUCUGAGAUCAGUGUGUACCAGAGUGAUGAUGUCACACUGCCAUGCCGCUUUGUCCAUGGUCACACAGAAAAUAAAUUAAUUCAAGUUGAGUGGUUCUGGCGAAAUCCUUCCAAUAAAAAUGUUUCUAUAAGAGUCAUUCUCUUUAAUGAGAAAUAUGGCAUUUACCUAAACAACACAUUCCUGAAAGACAGAGUCAACUUUAGUACAAACCCAAAUCUGACCUUUGAGGCCUCCAUCAUUAUCAAACAUGUGAAAUUGACUGAUCAGGGAGUCUACAGCUGUGGCUACACAACAUAUCCUAGGGGAAAACAAAUAGGAGUAACCACCUUAAAAGUGCAAGAAGGUAAACUUAAUCUUCUGUCCACUGCUGCUACUGCAAGGAUUGUUACUGUAAUCCUGAUCACUGUGAUUCUAACAUCUGUGGGAUAUUUCUUCAUAAAUAAAAGACGAAGAGCUGCCAGUACUUCUGUUAACUAUAUUACACAGAGCCCUGAUGACUUACAACAGGGAGAAAUCACAUAUGCUAAUGUCCCAGUAUAGUCAGGCAAAAUCAAUAAAAACACCUCACAGACUGAAGACAUUGAAUACGCUGCAGUUUCCUUCAGUGGUCGUUCAAGAAUGACAUCACAGCAAGCCUUAGCCAAUCAGAUUGUUUUUGGUGACCACACAGCAAAGGAUGCAUCUGUAUACAAAGAGGUGAAAAAGAUUAACUUUGAUUAUUAAACUUUAGAUUUACCACAGGUAACUAUAAAACAUCACUCUUUUACAUAACAAAGUGUAUUUAUAAUUUUACAAGAGAUUGUAAUGUUUAAUGAAAAAUAAUCUUGAAGCUGAUCACUCAGUGUUUGAGUAUACUUUAAAGUGUUAGAAAUGAACUUGAUGACUACAGCAAUACAUCCGUCUGUAUGUGGUCUGUGCAAGAGCUUCAGUCUGACUGAACUUCCCCAAAAGAGGUCAAAUGUACUACUUACCACUCAUAUGUAUAUUCAGCAUAAUAUUGUAAAGAUUUGCUUGCUUUUGUUUAUUUGUUCAUGCGCUUCUUCAAAUAAAACUGAUGAUACGAUCGUCUGCAGAAAAUAGAAAACACAAUUAAGUCUGGAAAAAGUUCCAUGGUUUACAGUAAAAAAAAAGCAUAAGAAUAAAAAACUGCAAAAAUUGCCCUUAACCCACCAAACUAAAUAACUAUAAUGUUAUAAAUGCAAUAUGUGUUACACAUCCAUAAAUGCCUCUAGAAAUAUGUGACCAUGCCUGUAAGAAGCCAUCUAAAGCCAUUAUUUGUGUUCUACAAUACAUAAAAUAAUGUAAAGAAUAUCGUGUAAAAAUAUAACCCUUAUAUCUUAAAUAUUGACUUCAUAAAUACUGAGUUUAUG